AUGUCUAUCUACGUACCGGCAGAGGCGAUGGACGCCGACACCGACUGUGACAGCCAUCUCGACGACACGCAUUCGUUGACUUCGCCGGUGACCAACUAUCCCAUCGAACAUGGAAGACGAUAUCACCGGUAUCAUGAGGGUGCAUACGUAUAUCCAAACGACGAGCCGGAGCUGGACCGGUUGGACCUGCAGCACCAUCUGUACACCAUGGUGCUCGAGGGACGACUACUCAUCGCGCCGCUCCAGGAUCCAGAGAGACUGCUCGACAUCGGCACUGGCUCGGGGAUAUGGCCGAUAGAGGCGGCGUCCGUCUUCCCGAACGCCAGGAUCAUCGGCACGGAUCUCUCCCCUGUCCAGCCAACGGCCGUUCCCCCGAAUGUCGAUUUCCUGAUCGAUGAUGCCAGGGAGGAGGAUUGGCUGUGGAACGACAAUCACUUCGAUUUCAUUCGCGCUGCACACCUGACGGGAUCCCUACCGUCGUUUGAAGACUUGGCGCGCAAGGCCUUCAGGUACACCAAGCCGGGCGGCUAUCUCGAAUGCCACGAGGUAGACCCGCGGCUGGGCUGCGAUGACGGCUCGCUGCCGAUGGGAAAACGAGACGGCUUCAGCGAAUACGCUCUGCACGACUGGCUAAACCUGAGCAUCCACUCGGGUCUCGCCUCGGAUCCGCCCAGGCAGUUUCGGAUCGCACACCAACUUGCACAGUGCAUGAGAGCGGUGGGCUUCGUCGACAUCAAGGAACACAUCUUCAAGGUGCCCAUGAACACAUGGCCGAGGGACGAGCGUAUGAAGGUUAUUGGCGCCUGGAACGAGAGGAACUGGCUGGACGCGCUGUCGGGGUGGUCGUAUAAGCCGUUCUUCGGCAUGGGAUGGUCGACAGAGGAGAUCGAGGUCUUUCUCGUCAACGUGCGAAAGAGUAUACAGGACCGCAGUGUGCAUGCCUACAUCAGGUUCUAUGUCGUAACGGGGAGGAAACCGCUGGCCGAGGAGCAGGAGAGUUGA